CGCCGUGUCUGGCCUGAUCGCCGACUCACGCACAAUGAUCGACCGGGCGCGCGUGGAGGCGCAGAACCACUGGUUCAUGUACAACGAGCGCAUGAAGGUGGAGUCGGUGGCACUGGCCGUCUCCAACCUGGCCAUCCAGUUCGGCGACGCUGAUGCAGAGACGGCCAUGUCGCGUCCAUUCGGCGUGGCGAUGCUGUUCGGCGGCAUCGACGAGAACGGCGCCCAGCUGUACCACAUGGACCCGUCCGGCACGUUCGUGCGCUACAGCGCCAAGGCCAUCGGCUCCGGCAGCGAGGGAGCGCAGCAGAGUCUCGAGGAGACCUACCACAAGUCAAUCACGCUAAAGGAGGCGCUCAAGUCUGCACUCACCAUUCUCAAACAGGUGAUGGAAGAGAAGCUGAACGCCUCCAACGUGGAGCUGGCCACCGUGACGCCCGAAGGCAACUUCCAAAUGUACUCCAAAGAGGAGCUGGAGGCGCUCAUCGCCAACAUCUGAUCCGGCCCGCCUCCCCGUCCGUGCGCCGCGUGGGCGGCCGCUGCACCCGGACACGUCCUGUUCCCAGGCCGCUGCUCUUGUCACUGAAUACAACGCGACGUCAUCAGA